AUGUGUGGUACCUUCACCGAAGGCUAUGACUCAACAGCUGACUACUUGACGGCAACGGUGAAGCCAACUCCCUACCAACCUCCCACACCAUCUCUGCAAUUACUGUCAUCUUGGUUGCAUGUGUUCCCCUCUGAGAAAGUGGAGUUAAGCUGUGAUAUCAGCAGCAGCUCUGACUGGACCUUCACCUGGUACAGAGAUGGAAUGCAAGUACAAGGUCCAGACCCGAAUUUGUCUUUUGAGGGAUCAGUGCUCACAAUCACUGCAUCACCAGAUAAUGCUGGAAACUACGCCUGUAAAGGUCAUCACAGAACAAAGCGUGUUGACACUGCACUUAGUAAUUCAAUUGUACUCAAUGUUGAGGGAAACAAGGCCAAGCCCACUAUGGUUCUAACUCCAGGGUUUGACAAGGUGUUCCCAGGAGAGUCUGUCACCUUCACAUGCACGGUCAAUGGGUUCUCUGGACGGAACUAUCUGUGGUACCAUAAUGGAACUGAAAUUCAAGGAUCUCAUGAUACUACGUACACCAUAGAUGCUAUAGACCAUCGUAAUAGUGGAAAGUACCACUGCAAGGCCAAAAGAGGCAAAGGCCCAUUCAUCACAGAGCAGAGUGACCCAACCACCCUGCUGGUUUCUAACCCAUCAAAACCGACUCUGGAGCUGCUGACACCGUUGUGGCUGGAUGUAUUCCAAUCUGAGAGUGUGGAGAUGAGAUGUAAAGUUGACAGCGAUGAGUGGAAGUCCAUCUGGUACAGAGAUGGAAUAAAGAUCCAUGAGGGAGAAUCUCUCAACAUCCCUUCUGUUUUACAAACCGAUAAAGGAGUCUAUACCUGCAAAGCUCAGCACAAAACCAGGAGUGUCAUCUCUGAAAGCAGCGACUCUGUUGAGGUCACAGUUUAUGGCAACAAACCCAAACCAACGGUAAACAAGAAUCCUCCUUUCAACCCGAUGUAUGUUGGAGAAAAAAUGACCUUCACUUGCAAAGUUGCUAUAGCCUCUGGCUGGAAGUAUGUGUGGUACAAAGAUGGAAAAAAGCUUCCUGACACCGCGAAAAACAUCAGCAUCCAUCUUUCUGAUGGGGAGAAGUACUCGUGCGAGGCCAUCAGAGGUGGAAUAACAACGGAGCGCAGUGAUGAGAUGACUCAAAAUGUUCUUGAAAUUCCCAUUCCAACUUUGGCAUUAAAGACCCAGUGGUCGGAUGUGUUCCCCACUGAGAAUGUGGAGUUGACAUGCCAGACACAGAGCGGUUCCGGCUGGACAUAUACAUGGUACAGAGGUGAUCAGGAGAUCCAGAAAGAUAAUACUGUGUCUUUUGACUUGGUUGGAGGUACUCUUUCCAUCAGAUCUGCUUCAGCUUCACAUAAAGGACAAUACCGGUGCAAAGGACAUCUCAGCGGCAGGUCUGUCAGCAGCGCUUUUAGUACUGGACUUGCUCUUAAAGUAUAUGAUAAGAAACCCAGCGUCAGUCUGACACAAGAUCCAGAUUACAAGGUGAUGUUUCCAGGGGAAGCAGUCUCUUUCAGCUGUGACAUUAAUGUCUCGUCUGGAUGGGAGUACCAAUGGUUCAGAAAUGGCAUUCAACUCACUGAAACGAACAAGUAUACGAUCAGCUCUGUUGUAAAAACAAAUAGCGGAUCAUAUACAUGCCAAGCAAAAAGAGGAAAGAGUCAAGUCUUCGUUGCCUCUCCUAGUCCCGCUGUACACCUUGAAAUUAAAGAGACAAAGCCUAAACCCUCAGUGAGUCAACAGCCAGAUGAUCACAAGGUGUACAAUGGAGAGUCAGUGUCCUUCACAUGUACACUUGGAAUCUCAUCGGGUUGGGAGUAUUCCUGGUACAAAGAUGGAAAGCCAUUAGUUGACAAUAGGAAUUUUAUCAUUUCUAAUGUCACUUCACUGAACAACGGGACAUAUACGUGCAUGGCCAGUAGAAAUAAAAAAAACUUUAUUACAGAGCCGAGUGAUGGACGAAUCUUAACUAUAUUGGACAUCCCUGUUCCAUUGUUGAAGCAAGGCAGCUGGUUGGAUGUGUUCCCUGAUGAGAGUAUAACGUUGACCUGUGGAAUGGCAGCGGUCAGAACUGAAUGGACGUAUAAAUGGUACAGAGACAGUAAGGAGAUCCAGGCUGAUGAUGCUGUGUCUUUUGGCGAGGAUGGAAGUACUCUGUACAUCAGUUCUGUUUCGAUCUCACACCGCGGACAAUACAGCUGCUCAGGAAAAUUAAAGAUCAGGCCUGUCCAAAGCUCCCACAGUGAUGCAGUAACACUUCAUGUUUACGGUACAAAACCCAUUGCCAUACUGGAGCAGACUCCCGACUACAAUUUGAUGCACUCUGGAGAUAAAGUCUCCUUUAGCUGUCACAUUAAUGUCUCUUCAGGAUGGGAGUAUAUUUGGUACAAAUAUAACACUGUACUUCCUGAAUCUGGAAACAGUUAUGUCAUCGAUUCUGUUGUGACGACAAACACUGGAUCAUAUCAAUGCAAAGCUAAAAGAAAAAGUGAUAAAGACUUCUUCACAGACUUGACUCAGGAAUUAACGCUUAAGGUUGUUGAACGCCCAAAGGCAGCUAUAGUCCUGUUAACUGGCUGGUCAGAGGUCUUUUCCACUGACAGUCUGAUACUCAAAUGUGAGGUACAGGAAAGCCAGGACAUGUGGAACUACACAUGGUAUAAAGCAGGGAAUGAAGUCAGUCAGUCGUCCUCUGAGAAAUAUGUAGUCACACCCCAGAAUAACGCUGAGCAGGGUUCAUACUCGUGCAAGGGUGUGCGCACUGAGAGGCCAUCUUACUCCAAAGACAGUUCUCCUUUUGCAACAAAGAAUCUUCUUUUGAAGAGGAGGGUGCUUCUUUCCAUCUCGGGCUGUCUCUUCUUUGGCAUGAUUGCUGUCGUCAUUGGAUGCAUUGUCCUCAGAGUCACCCGCAAACCAGUGAAGGGUGACGAUAAGCCGGAAGAAUCUGAGCUGUUUCUCACCAUGGCUCAACUGAAGGACCGCGGCGAUGCACCCUGCCCAUUGGUUGAGUACAUCACAGAUGAAGCCCUGAAUGCUCCAUCGAAAGAAGGGGAAGAGAAAGACCUGAAUUCCAGUGAAUCACCACCACUGCCAAUAACCUCGGAGGAGGACCAAGCUGCAACAGCUGAGAGCCUUGACACAGCAGAAAACAACGGUGGACUGGUUUCCUUUAAACAAUAACUCAUUGAGGAAGUAGUUGCUUCAUUUUAGCCAACAAGAAGUCUUUAGACUUGCAGCAGCCACAUGAGACUAAAAAAACUUCUAUUGUGAGUUUUAAUAGUUACAGUAAAGCUAUCCUCUUAUGACCUUUGUGAACAAGUGGAAUAUUUGAGCCAUUGGUGGCACUAGCUGAAAAGUCAAAUAAUCACCACAUUCACCAUUAUUACAAAUUUCUUUGGGAUCUAUCAAAUACUUGUUGAGAUAGUACACUCUUGACCAAAAUGCUGGACCACCAUCAGAUUGAUGUGAUCAUAUAACUGUGUACUGUUAUUCUGUACAAAAUAUUACUUGAUUGCACAAUGUUGUUUAGAAUUGUACAUUAUUUUAAUCCACAGAACUGUAUUGAUACAUUUACUUGAGGCGCUGUUCAAAUAUGAAACAUUAUUACAUAUACAUUGUUAGCUUUCAUAUAAAUCACUGGCAGUUAUAGUAUUGAACAUAUGUGUUUACCUGCAGGAAUUUCUCCUUCAGUUAGUGUUUCAAUUCCUAGAACAAACACCAGAUGUCAGUAGAUUCAAGAUGUUCUUCUCCAAAGCCUAUUUAAUGCUGUACAUGGUUCUACAAUUAAUGUUUUUGCUUUGUUAUUCUAAAGUGACCUCUUUGAUAUAACAUGUUUGUAAAUAUUUUUAUACAGUGAGUAUAAUGCUAUAGAAACGCCAUUCAAAUAUAUUCUGUAUGCCUAUGAAAUUAUCAAAAUAAAAAAUACAAAAUGUU